GUACACCACAAUGACCUACAUAUACCAUCCUCUCCUCUGAGUUUUUUCGUAGUCUUGAAAAUACAGAACAACCGCACUCGCAGUUCAGCUUUCGCAACUUGGCUUUAGGGUUUAUUUUGAUAGAAUUAUGAGUUCAAGCGGAGCAGGUAAGGGUGCCGCCGUCGCCGGCAGAGGAAAGCCUAAGGCAGCGAAAUCAGUCUCCCGAUCAUCGAAGGCCGGGCUCCAGUUCCCCGUCGGUAGGGUUGCCAGAUUCCUCAAGUCCGGAAAGUAUGCCGAGCGUGUCGGCGCCGGUGCUCCGGUUUAUCUCUGUGCCGUUCUCGAGUAUCUUGCCGCUGAGGUUUUGGAAUUGGCCGGCAACGCUGCUAGGGACAACAAGAAGACUCGAAUUGUGCCCAGACACAUUCAAUUGGCAGUGAGGAAUGAUGAAGAGCUGAGCAAACUUUUGGGAAAUGUGACAAUUGCCAAUGGAGGUGUGUUGCCAAACAUUCACCAGAAUCUGCUACCCAAAAAAGCAGGCGGUGGAAAGGGCGAUAUAGGCUCUGCAUCUCAGGAGUUUUAGGGUUUCGUCCAAUUUGAACCAUGUACAAUAGCCAUAUGUUUUUCGUACAAGUUUUUUGAAGCUACUGAUAUCCCAUACAAGCAAAUGGAAUAGCUGUUUUGGGUUUAUAUCUGUGUUUCCAUUGUUGCUUGGCAUUUCCAUGUACUCAAAAGAUUAUUUGCUAAUGGAAUUGCAUUUUUGGUUUCUAUCGGUUAUCUUUACUGAGGCGUUGAUUUACAUACUGCGCCUUAAGUUUUUGUGAACAUCUAUUGUAUUUUUAUGAUGAGCCUUGGUCUAGUGUUUAAUAUUGGUGCUUCGUAUUGAAAGAACUGGAAAAGUGUUUGGGCUGGUUUCUUAUUAGUGUUCUUGAGCAGAAAGAUGGCUUCUUUGUUGAGAAUAUUGUGUGGAACAUCUUCAGAAUGUGAUUUUUUUGUAGAUGAAACCUGUAGGGGAGUAGGGUCAAGUGAAAUUGGCAUUAGCAUUCGAUAAUCUAUCCUAGAACAAAGUCAGGAAACUCUACGAUUGAACGGAAUUUGCCAUCAAGCAGAAAACAAAAACAGCCAUCAUUUUCAAGUCCAAAUGACACAAAAAUAGAGCUUUGCCAAGUGACUGUUGAGUAUGAUCGCUAUGUGAAUCAAGAGACCGUUUGCAGAGGCUGGAUAUGGUUUGUAUAUGUUCUGACUAACCUUCAAAGGGCCAGAAAUUUUACCAGUAACACCACUCCAUGAAAACCACUGUUUUUGAUUUUG